UUGAGGCGGCUGCCCGUCACGAUGCAGCCCGUUUGGCGGUACACGAAUAGUUGAAGCGGUAAUUUCUCCUCUUCCUCCCCUCUCGAAACGGUCCCCGUGCGGCCUGCCUCCGUCUGCCGCCACCUCUCCCCGGGCUGAUGUGCCGUGUUUAUUGGGAGAGGGACCAGGUGACCUCACGUUACCGUCCUGCAUGCCGUGAGUUCGCUUCAACUGGCGGGCGCUUGCGAUCAGGAAUUCGAUCUGGUUGGCUCCCUCGUAGUUCACGCAUCCACGGCAGACCACCUCGCUGAAGUCCCACACCACGGUCCAUGGCAUCUUUGGCAGGUCGCACAGGUAGCACCACUGGCGCCUGGAGGAGGAAGGGGACGACAUGGCUGGCCGAGCUAACCUGAGCGUGUUCAGCGAACCUCCUAACGUGCUAGCACAGGUUAGCUGCGUUAACCUACUUAGCGUGGACAGGUGCACGCCCUCUUUACUACUGACUUUGUCCCCUAACGGACCUCACACAGCUUUAAAAUAAUGUUACGCAUUCUACAUAUAUGAAAUUAGCUCAAAUAUUUUGGUUGUUUACAACUAAUUUUGAUAUAUUUGUUGUGUUUACCGACUUCGGCCUACUCUUCCCCGCUGUCAACGGCUUCCCAGACUGGCUCUGGAACGUUACGUAACCACGUGAGGUGAAUUAUGGGUAUUUGAGUUUGCUUACUCGCCGAAGUCAAUAGAGGGCCUCGUCGUGGAACUACAGUAAGAACUGGCACGGAAGUGAAAUACUUAAAGGUCACAGGUCAGUUUUUGUCAACACGUGUGCGUCCCACACAAGCCAUGCGUUUGGAGACAGAAACUUUUAAUUUCAGAAAUUUGAUCGUAUUUUAAAAUAAAAAAAUGCCGAAAGACAUAUCAUCCUCAUCGAGCGAAGAUGAAGCGGACACCACUGGUGUGGAAUCGGCGCCCAAACCGACAGAAUCCGAUAACACUACAAGGUACCAGUGUCCUCCUGACUUUGUCUCUUUCUGCCAUGAGCCUUGCAGCAGCACUCUAGCACAAAACCUCAAGAAGAACAAGAAUGAGUUAUGGCUCAUUAAAGCUCCAGCCAGCUUUGAUCCCAAAUGCUUCAGUGGCAUCAAGGUGCCCCUCUCUGGUCUCCAGACCCUGAAGGUUCUUGCUCCUGCUCAAGCUGGAGCCAAGACUGGGAGCGGGCAGCAGAUCUAUAGCAUCCUGGCAUCCAACCACAGUACCUCAGAACUCCGCCUGCUCACCAGUGACAAGAAGCCGUCAAAUGGCAUGGUUGUUGGUCCUGCUUUUUCAGGCUUGCUUAAUGUGUGCGAGACCUACGGAGACAGCAGCAACAAUCAGGCCCCUCAGGUCAUCCCCGCUGCUCCAGCCCCCUCCAUACCGCCUGGACUCAAACAGCGAUUCCAGCCUUUUGGCAGCAAGACCCCCACUCUUACCUGCGUGGCAGAGAAUGAGUUGGAUGGAGUUGCCUUUGGGCCCUCUUCCACAACUCUCCGACCUCUGGUAGUCAAGCGAUUCAUAGAAGAAGCAGGUCAAGAAGAAGACGAGGAGGAGGAAGAGGAAGGAAGGAAAAAGAAGAAGAAAAAGAAGGAAAAACGGAUAAAAAAAGAGCGACUAGAGGAAGUGGUGAAUGUGAAAGAGGAACCUGUGGAUGAAUUUCAGGAAGAAGUAAUGAUGGAGCUCCCAUUCCAGGAGGGUGAUUAUUCUGUGGAGAAGAGGAAGAAGAAGAAGAAAAAGAAGGACAGAGAGCGAGAGGAGGUGGAGGAGGGACUGGAGCCCAGUGUCAAAGUCAAGGUGGAAGAGGUGCCUGUGAAAUGUGAACCCGUGGACAUAUUCUUUGGUGAAGAAGUGGAGGUCUCAGGAAAGAAGAAGAAAAAGAAAAAGAAACUCAGAACUGAUGGUGACUAGUCUGGUGUCAUUUGGGAGUUUUUUAGUUUUGUUUGUUUCCUUUUGACCAUGUGAGCACGUCAGAGACAGUUUACUGCUUAAUUACUUCACUAUUGUUGUUGUCAAGACGUUGACAUGGUGUUGCUCAACAAAAGGGCACGCUGUGAAUACAAUGAGUAGUGAGGUGAAUUAUAAAGACGAUUCACUCUAGCAUCUUUAAGACAAAUGUUCACUUCAGUUUGGCCAGAUGGAGACAGAUUCACACACAAUGUGUGCAGCUGGAGGCAUCAGCGACUACAAAACUGAUAAGAGUGCACAUGAUAAUGGUGUCAGGAACCACAACAGAUUUGAGCAAUGACACAGCAUCUCCAGUCCAGUACUGGAGACCUUUUUUUGUUUCAUGAAAACAAAUGUCAUGAAGUCCAAAAGCGAUUAAAGGAAAUUAAAAAUGAGAAAAACUUUGGGUUUUUUGUCCUGCUGUUGGCAAACGCAAGUUAACAGCAACAUUUUCCUCUCGUGCCUUUUCAGAGCAGUGACUUCAUCUACAAGGAAUGAAAGUUGAAUUUGUGUGUGAACUCCACACUGUGGAUUUGAAAUUGUGCAACAGUUUGACUGUACCCAGUUUACAGAGAUGUAGUUUUGUUCGUGAUGUCAGGCAAAAAAAUCCAAACCAUCUGUUCUGUGAAAUAUGAGUUUUAUGAAUGAUUUUCCAGUUUUUUCAGAUGGCCCAAAGACUAACAUGAAAUAAAAUGCUUUAGUUUAA